AUGCAGCCGCCAAAGCCAGACCCAACACGCACCCAACCCGCCGCAUCCCCAUCAGCAUCCUCGGACGAUGUCGACCUCACCUCGCCCGCCAACCUGCGCAAGCUCGUGCUCAACUACCUCCUCCACCACUGCUACACCGACACCGCCAUCGCAUUCGCAAAGGACGGCAUCAUCGGCGACCUCUAUGCAUCCGAUCUGCCCGCACGUCCGGCUGCCGCCUCCACAUCGCAAGCCUCUGCUUCGUCGUCUCGAGUAGACACUUCCACUGGAUCGCCUUCAGAGCCUGCUCUCCGUUCCACGGCCACCACCACCUCCACAAAUGGCGCCGCCACACGUCAGGCGCAUCCCCUCUCCGCACCUCCACUCUCGCGCGACGACUCGAGCAUGGAGAUCGAGGUCGAAAACCUCCUCCCGACCACCUCCGAACAUACUGCUGCGCACACAGACCAUACCAAUGGCCAUUCCAACGGCACCAGCCGAACAACUCAGCCUGGAGCGCAGGAUGAACUCGCAGAUGCCGAGCUGGCGUCCGACAUUGACGAUGCAGAAGACGACCUUGACGUCGACAUCAGCCCCGAUCUCACCGCCGACGACCUCAGAGGCGUGCGGGCGCGCAAGCAGAUCAAAGACUAUAUCAUCGCAGGCCACAUCCGUCAAGCCAUGGACAUGAUCAAUGCCCACUUCCCCACCGUCCUCAACAGCACCGCUCCAACUAACACCACUGCCACAAGCACCGCCGCUUCAAAUGGUUCCAAGUCGAGCCGAUCCAAAGCUGCCGGCACAACAAACACCACCACCACCUCCAAUGGUUGCGAAAAGGUGCUCCCCGCCAACCCCACCUCGAUGGAGCCCGACCAUCUGCUGCUCAACCUCCAGAUCCAGGUAUUCAUCGAGGCCAUCCGCUCCGCCUCCACCUCCCAGCUCGCCUCGGCCACCAACGGCGCGGCGUCGGCUGCAUCGCCGCAAAUGGGCCCUGCCGGUGCAUUCCCCUCGCUCGCUUCCACCACACCAGGCAUCGCUGCCGCAGCCAUUUCGCGGGCAGCGUCGCCAGCGCCCUCCACCUCGUCCUCCAACGGCUCGGCCACAUCGGCCACGGGCACAAGUGCAGCGCUCAAUCCGGCGCUCCACUCGGCGCUCGCGUAUGCGCAGGGCCUCUACACGAGCGCGCAGAAGCUGCCCAGCUUCUGGCGCGCCAUGUACCUCAAGGAGCUUGAGCAGGUGACGGCGCUGCUUGCGUACACCGAUGUGGAGCACUCGCCCGUGCGCAGAUUCCUGCACCGGUCGCGCAAAGUGGCGCUCGCCGAGCAGGUGAAUUCGGCCAUCCUGUUGAGGGGAGGCAAGUCGAGCCAGCCGCUCAUCGAGGUGGCGGUGAGGCAGACGACGCUGCUGGCGAAUCAUCUGCAUGCCGAAGAGGUGCAUGUGCCCAGUGCGCAUCCCGUGUUUGCGCUCGUCAGUCCCGCCGGUACGGCGUACGACGACUCGAGCGCAAAGAAGCACUCGAGCACAAAGAAGAUGCCGCCAUGGAAGUUUAGGUCUUUCCUCCACGAGAGGUGA